AUGAAUCAUUCUCUGUUUUCCUCCAAUGCUUCAACAUCCCUUGGACCCAACGUGACAUGUAACACCACCACCUGCUUGGAUCAGGCCAGGGAAAGGAAAUACAAGUUUGGUCUUGGGGUGUUUAUGAUCCUUGGUACGCUUCUGGGUAUUUGGUUCAACGGGACCAUCAUUCUACUAACCAUCAAGCACAAAUUUCUCAGGGUUCCUAUUAAUUACGCUGUGGUGAACUUGUCGGUUGCAGACAUGGGCAGUAUAGUCAUUGGACUCUGCCCCACGAUGGAUGCUAACCUGCAUGGGUAUUACUUUGAAAACAAGUCCUUCUGCAUCUUCCAGGGCUUUUCCGUUGCUCUGUUUGGACUGGUGGCCCUUUGGUCUGUUGUGGUGUGUGCUGUGGAGAGGUACCUGGUGGUUUGCAGACCAUUCAAAGGCAUCCAGUUUGGGAAGAAGCAUGCCCUCCUGGCGCUCCUGUUUACCUGGCUCUGGUGUAUCAUGUGGACUCUGCCACCACUUUUUGGCUGGAGUAGCUACGAUGUGGAAGGCAUUGCCUCAAACUGCGCUCUGGCCUGGCACAGAGAAGACUGGAACAGCCGCAGUUACCACUUGUCUCUCUUCGUGUGCUGCUUCCUGCUUCCUUUGGCCCUUAUCCUCUGGUCCUACGGCAAGCUCAUUUAUGUCCUCAGACAGGUGGCAAAAAGUGGCAUAGCCCAGAGCAAUUCGACUCAGCGGGCUGAGAUUCAGGUCACCAAGACGGUUGUCAUUAUGAUCCUGGCCUUUCUUCUCAGCUGGAUGCCUUAUGCUGCCUUUGCUCUGACCAGAGUGGUGAAUCCAGAAGUGAUCCUGGGUCCCCAAAUCCAGAGCAUCCCUAUGUAUAUGGCUAAAACAGGCACCGUCUACAAUCCAGUCAUUUACAUAUGUCUGAAUAAGCAGUAUCGAGAAAAAGUUGUGAUCUCCUUAGCAUGCCUACAGAAGUGUUUGAUCAGUAAGUACAGUAGGUCAAGAACUCUGGCUACAGCUCUGAAGAGACUGCAAGGGAACCAGGUCAGCUGCAACACGAACAGGGUAGCCCCUGAGGGUGGACUGAACAUCAGCAAGAACCUCCUCUUGCCAAACAUAAACUACCGUAGUGACGAAUCCUUCUCUGAAUAG